AUGCAGCAGGAGAUGGUAUGUGGGGAAGGGAGGCGAGGACCGGGCACCACACAGGAACCAUUAGCUGAACUUCCAGGUCAGGACUGUCUGGAGCAGCAAGGCAGUGACGUGCAGGCCCGCCACAUCGUGGUGUCCUGCGCGGCCGGGGUCACCAUCAGCUCCAUCGAGAAGAAACUGUCUACCUUCUGCCCCACACCAAAAGUGAUCAGGUGCAUGACCAACACCCCUGUGAUUGUCCGGGAAGGUGCUACAGUCUAUGCCACUGGGACUCACGCGGAUGUGGAGGAUGGGAAGCUCCUGGAGCAACUGAUGGCCAGCGUGGGCUUCUGCACCGAGGUGGAGGAGGACCUGAUAGAUGCUGUAACGGGGCUCAGUGGCAGUGGCCCUGCCUAUGCAUUCACUGCCCUGGAUGCCCUGGCGGAUGGGGGAGUGAAGAUGGGCCUUCCCCGCAGGCUGGCUGUUCGGCUGGGAGCACAGGCUCUGCUGGGGGCUGCCAAAAUGCUGUUGGAAUCUGAGCAGCAUCCUGGGCAGCUGAAGGACAAUGUCUGCUCCCCUGGGGGAGCCACCAUCCAUGCCCUGCACUUCCUGGAGAGCGGUGGCUUUCGCUCACUCCUCAUCAAUGCUGUGGAGGCUUCCUGCAUCCGGACAAGGGAGCUGCAGCAUCUGGCAGACCAGGAGAAGAUUUCCCCAGCAGCCAUAAAGAAGACUUUGUUGGAUAAGGUGAAGCUGGAGUCUCCUUCCCUGUCCAUGGCAUCUGCCAGCAAAGUCAGUCUGUUCACCAAUAAGAGCCCCAGUAGCAAGAAGAACUGACCAGAACUGCAGCAGUCUGGAUGUGCUGAAUAUCAGUCUCCUCCAUGCCCUGUUUAGUCUAAGGAAAACUCUGAGCAGUGAUGUCCCCUGUGCCUGGCUCUGGGCUUGCAGCAGCUGUGGGGCAGCACCACGCU